UAUCUGGGAACCCAAUUGCUUCAGUAGUUCCCUGUCGAUCUUCCAAGACGCUUCAUAAAAUUGUCAGUGCUCUCCCCUUUUUCGGGUAAAUUAUAUAAAAUAUUCAAGUGAAUACUUUUUUCCGGCCAUUUUUAGUCCGAAUUCCGGGAGUCCCUGCUAAAUUCGCAAUACUGCCAAAAUUUAUAGGGCCGUACAUUCGUUAAUCCGCGCCAGCAGAUAGCAGUUAGCAUCAUGGCCAGCUCGAAUAUCUCCGACUGGGACGAGCCGCUGCCCACAUCGACUAGCUCGCUGGUCGAGGAAGAGGAUCCCGAUGAGUGCGCCGAGGAGAAUGCUAAGAAGCGCCAGGAGGAGACCCUAGCCCAGCUGCAGUCCUAUGUGCGGCGCAUGGCCUACCGUCCGGCCAUGCCGCCCAAGGUCAAGGCCUACGACGUGUCGCUGUCAAAGCCUAAGCUGCACACCCUCAUCGACAACUACGAGCAGUUCAAGGACGUGUAUGAUCCCAAGAUGAGAGCCAAGCGCAUAAAGCGGAUGCUGGGCAAGUACAACGCCAUCACCACAGAGCAGUUGGAGGAGGUCCUUAAGGGCAACAAGUCCAAGGAGCGGCGCAAGGAGGACUUCCUGAAGCGCAAGCAGGAACUGUACUACAAUAUGCUGACGAAGCUGGAGCGCCAGUGUCGGACACAGUACCUGAACGUGCUCAUCAAGAAGUUCGCCAAAUUUAUCUCCCAUUUGGCAACAACGAUGCGCAUACCGCCGCAGCUGGUCGAUCCAUAUGCGCGCAUGCAGCGCGGUAUCUUCUGCAACAUUCUGCUGGCUAUCGGCGUCCAGCCGACCUCACAGUCGGCCAUCUACUACACCAGCCAGGAUGCCAUCGAGUAUGAUGUUUGCCAUCGCCUCGCUCACGCUCUUCUCAGCCUCAUAAUCAAGGCACUCGAUUCGGCCGCCACGCGUGAUCCGAACGAAAUGGCGAAGUCGGCGGACAUGGACUUCGAGAUGGACAACCACAUCAAGCGACGUCUUAUGUGCGCUGCUGAGAAGAAGCUGAUGUACGAGCGGCGGCGCAAGAAGCAGAAGCAGCCCCAGGGCCUGGGAGCCUUUGAGAAGUGCAACCAGUACGACUGCGAUUAGGAUUGGGAUAAGAUCAGACGGCCCUCUAGUUUAUUAGACUUUUCACGUACAAACUAUCACAAUACAUGGCCAAGGCCACGCUUCUUACCAUA